UCGGAGGGAAGAGGCAAUUUUGCGCGCGCCAAGCACGUGACUCACACCCCACUCCUCAGAAAGAGAAAUGAAAAGAAGCCCGCAUUGCAGCUUUCCUACUCGAUCCAUCAAUUAAUAUCACAAAGCCCAAAUAUCAAUAACAACCGCCCGUCACUCUCUCUCUCUCUCUCAUGUUUCCUUGUUUGCAUUUUCUAUAUUUUCAUUCUCUAUCCAAAACUGAUCUUUGAUUUAGACAUGAAGGUGAGUUCUCCAUAAAAUUAAGAUUCAAAUGUUACUGUCCGGCAGAGGGGGUGGAGAUUCAAGUCCUCGGAUCUGCUGGUGAAUUUUCCUCCUUGCAGGUCAUAUGGCCGCCAGCUUAAGGGAGACGGAACGAAAGAAGUAUGUGAAGCGGUGAUUUGUUGUCUUAAAAGAAUAUAUAGAUUGCAAAGGUCUUUUAUGGGUAAGAAUUUUUGAAACGGCUUUAUAUUUCAAAUAUUUAUAAACAUGAAGGAUACACAAGAUGAUGCAGCAUCAGCAGAACAAAGGCUUCCAAAUGCUACAUGGUGUCCUUCAGAUUUUAUGGAAAGAUUUGGAUCUGUUUCUUUGGAUUCUGAAGAAGAAACUCUGAGCACUAAAGAAUCAAAUAACUACGGCAAGCAUGAUAGGUUGUCGUCACAGACAGCGUCACAGAUUCUAUGGAGAACUGGAAUGCUUUCUGAACCCAUUCCGAAUGGUUUCUAUUCUGUCAUUCCUGAGAAAAGGCUCAAGGAGCUUUUUGAUGAUAUUCCUACUUUGGAUGAGCUUUAUGAUUUGGAGUUUGAGGGUUUCAGAGCUGAUAUCGUCCUUGUAGAUGCAGAGAAAGAUAAGAAGCUUUUUGCACUAAAGCAAUUGAUUGUUACACUGGUGAAAAGUUUGAACUCAAAUCCUGCAGCAAUGAUAAAAAAGAUUGCUGUAUUGGUAUCUGAUUUUUAUAAACGGCCAAAUUUGGAACUAUGUCCAGCAAAAUCUGCAGUUGAGGAAACUUCUCAUGUCUAUGAAAAUCAAGGUGUCCAGAUGCUGGGGAAGAUAAAGCAUGGUUCACGCCAUCCUCGAGCAAUAUUAUUCAAAGUUCUUGCUGAUACUGUAGGUCUUGAAAGUAGGCUCAUGGUGGGUUUACCUAAUGAAGGGAUUGCUGAGUGUGUGGACUCAUAUAAGCAUAUGUCUGUUGUAGUUGUGUUGAAUUCUGUGGAAUUACUGGUCGAUCUUAUAAGGUUUCCCGGGCAAUUGAUACCUCGCUCAACCAAGGCAAUUUUUAUGACCCAUAUCUCUGCAGCAGGGGAGAGUGAUUCUGCAGAUAAUGACUCAUGUGAUUCACCACUAGAACCAAACAGUCCCCUGUAUGGGUUUUUGGAUAGAGUUGAUCCUGACAGUAUUGAGAAAGAUGAAAGCCUCCAAUAUCAGCGGAGGAUAGAAGCGUGUUCAAAUGCAUCGGGACCUUCUUUGCGGAAUAUGAUGUUGCGAUCUUCCACCUCUAUAGACAAAAAUUUGAGCUUAUCUCAUAGUGAACCCGAUAUUGCAACUACAUUUUGGCGAAGGAGCCGGCGAAAGGUCAUUGCUGAACAGCGGACUGCAAGUUCAAGUCCAGAGCAUCCCUCGUUUCGAGCCCGUGGACGAUCCAUGCUUAGCGGUGAUAGGAAAUCAUUCAGAAAUUAUGCUGAUGAAAUAGCUGCAUCAAGCUGCAGGUCAGAAGGUGCCUCAACAUCAGAAACCCGUAGACUAAGAAGAAGGAGCAUUAGUAUUACUCCAGAGAUUGGGGAUGAUAUCGUAAGGUUGAUGGCUGUGCGUGCAAUGAAUGAAACACUAAAGCGGAAUCGUCUUUUGAGAGAACAGGGGGAUGAUAGUUCAUUUUCCUAUUCUUCAUUUGACAGAAAUAGUGGUUCAGAUCUUCAAAAGGAUGCAUCUGAUUUUCACCAUGAUGAUCGUGAUGAAAUAUCUGGUAGAAGAUCUGCUUUAUACGCUCUUCCCAGGGAGCAAACGAGUUCUCAGAAGGCAAUAUCAUUACCUUCAUCUCCUCAUGAAUUUAGGAGUCAUACUUCUGUGAAAGGCAGAAUUUCAGACUAUAUAGUAAUUGAUGAAGCAGUCUCAACAUGGAACAAAGUUCUGGACUCAUCCUUGUUCCAGAAUAAACCUCUUUUGCCUUUUCAAGAAUGGAAUAUUGAUUUCACAGAACUGACUGUAGGAACUCGUGUUGGGAUUGGAUUCUUUGGAGAAGUUUUUCGUGGUAUUUGGAAUGGAACUGACGUAGCCAUCAAGGUUUUUCUGGAGCAAGAUCUGACUGUUGAAAAUAUGAUGGAUUUCUGCAAUGAAAUAUCCAUCCUUAGCCGCCUUCGACACCCAAAUGUUAUUUUAUUUCUUGGUGCAUGCAUAAAGCCUCCACGCUUGUCAAUGAUUACUGAAUACAUGGAGAUGGGAUCCUUGUAUUAUUUGAUCCAUUUAAGCGGUCAGAAGAAGAAACUCAGCUGGCGAAGGAGACUUAAAAUGCUGCGUGAUAUAUGCAGGGGAUUGAUGUGCAUACACCGGAUGAAGAUAGUCCAUCGUGAUAUAAAAAGUGCAAAUUGUCUGGUGAAUAAGCAUUCAGUGGUUAAGAUCUGUGAUUUUGGGCUGUCGAGGAUAAUGACGGACUCCACCUCAAGAGACUCCUCAUCAGCUGGAACUCCACAAUGGAUGGCCCCUGAAUUAGUUCGCAACGAACCCUUCACAGAGAAAUGCGAUAUUUUCAGCCUAGGGGUGAUAAUAUGGGAGCUGUGCACUCUAAACAGACCGUGGGAUGGUGUACCACCAGAGCGGGUAGUUUAUGCUGUUGCUAAUGAGGGGGCGCGAUUGGAUAUUCCCGAAGGUCCCUUGGGCAGGAUUAUUGCAGAUUGUUGGGCGGAACCGCAUGAAAGGCCUAGCUGUGAACAAAUACUAACUCGCCUGCCAGAGUGCGACUAGUAGUGUACUCACUCCGCUAAUGCAAUCUUUUUGUUUGUAGUUUAGAAUAUAUAUUGAAUAAUUAAUUACUAUACUGCAAUUUACCAAUUUGACAACCACCAAUUUUUAUAUUUUCAAAUAUCAAUUUUUCUGCUA